AUGCACGACGAUGAAUGGUAUCAAGUUAUUGACUUUCUUACGGAGAGUGAUUUUCCAUCUUUCCUCUGUGUCUGUUCUGAAUGGAACAAAUUACUAAAUUUUUGUAUGCAAAAAUCCUGGUUUUGGAUGGAUAGGCAUAUUCGGUUUCUAAAUACUCGAAUUAAACUAUAUUCAGGUUUAAUUGCCGUGGAUUCGAGUCAUUAUAGUGGAAUGAGAAGAUUUCUAAAGAUGAGAAUUGAUCAUCACUUGAGGAAACUAAAAGAAUUGAGAGAGGAAAGGAAGAUGAAUUAUAUUAAUUUUAAAGGGAAACAUUUUAUCGCAGUGAAAAAGUAUGAAGAUUCUAAUAAUUGCAAGCAAAUGAUUGAUUAUUUGAAAUAUAGACCCACUGCUGAAAAAUUGAGUUUAGAAUGCUUUUUAAAGAGGGAUACUAGCAAGUUGGUUUCGUACAAGUUUGGUGAAAUUUUCCAGUACAUGUUUGAGAACUAUAUGAACAGUUAUCAUUACAGGAAAGUGACAAUGGAUGAAAUGACCAAUUGCAUAAUACCAGACCUUAUUUUACAAAGGGAAGUUUCCAGUUUGCAAUUUUGGGAUGCACUACUUAACAAUCAUCCCAAGUUGAGGUUUGAUUCAGGAUCUACCUUUUUAGACUUUUUCACUUGCAUUCUAAAUGCAAAAUCAAAUAGUGAUAAUCUUGACGAAUUAGUAAUGAAAUUCUUGAAGUCUAAUGAAUAUAAUGGAUUGGAUAUACUCUCUGUUCCAAUUCAGUUAAGGUUUGCUAGAAGAGUAGCUAAAAUAUUGAAAGAGAAUAAUGUAUCAUUUAUACAUUCCCGAGUUGGAUAUAGCUCAAGGAGAUUUAGAGAUAUAUCAAUCACUAAUCCAGUCUUAUCUGAAUAUUUGGAAUAUCUGUCAAGUAACAGAGUGAUGCUUUCAGAUUUCCUUCAUGAGGAAUUUAUAUUUGUGGGAGGAGUUUACAAGUACUAUUUAUUUGCCGAUUACAAGGUUGAUAUUUGUGGUAAAAGUUCAAAUGGAGUUAAUUGGAUUAUCAAUCUUGUUGAUAACUUCCCAACAGUAGAUGUCAUUUAUUUCUUUACAAGUACUUCUUUUAAGGGAAUGAGACUUGAUUGGACAAAAAUCGACCCAAGCAGAAAAAUACUCGAUCGACUUAUUCUUGGAGCAAAGGAUCCAUCAGAAAGAUUAUCGAUCAUUAAGGGAUUUCACAAUAAGAAUGUAGACUUUUCAGAUUUAUUACUUGCGAAAAUUAUUGACAGUAGUGUGUAUGGAAAUGAUAAGAAAUCUUCAAUCAUUCGUGAGACUAUUGAGUAUCUAUUACCUAUUAUUACUUUUGAGAAUUCAAAUGAACAAUUUAAACAGUAUUAUGACAUGAAUGUCAACAAGGUAAAAGGGAAUAAUUGGAACGGAACAGAUUUCAGAUUAGAAUUGUGUUUUAAGGUUUGGAAAAUUAUUGGAUGA